AUGGCGAGCCGAUUAGGAUCAUCGACAAUGGCCGUCGGGAGAACGGCAGGUAGAACCGGUGCAGGUAGGGCUGCUCUCAGUGGCACGCGCGCGCACGUGCGAGCGUGCCAGCUCAGCACGGAGAUCCACACGCUAUUGGCCGUCAUGCGCCAGAGCUCCAAAUGGGCUGUCUCCCCGAUUUUCCUCGACGAGACAUCCGGCGCCGACGCGGAGGAUCCGCUUUUGCGCAAUCUUAAAGCCCUAAGGCAGAAGAUCGUCACCGAUUGGUCAGACGACGACUGGGAGGCGGCGCGCGUGCCGCCUUCCGCGUACCUCACGCCGUUUCUCGACGUCGUGCGAUCCGAGCGAACAAACACGAUUGUUACCAGCGUCGCAUUGUCGUCAGUGCUCAAGAUCCUGAAUCUGCAGUUUUUCGACGAGUCGACGCCCGGCGCGGCGGUGGGGAUCCACAUGGUCAUGGACGCGGUCACGUCGUGCCGCUUCGAGGUCACGGAUCUCGCGUCGGAAGAGGCAGUUCUCGUCAAAAUUCUCCAGGUAACCGUGUCGCGUCUUAGAAUACCACGUGUCAAGGUUCUUCUAGAAACGGUUCUUCUAGAAACGGUGCGCAGCCCAGCGGGUCCCCUGCUGUCAGAUCGCCACAUGUGCAGCAUCGUCAACACGUGCUUCCGCGUGCUGCACCAGGCGGCCUCUAAGUCACUGAUUCCCCCCUUUCCCCUUCCCUCCCCAUCCCCCAGGUUCUCCUGGAAACCCCCAGCAGGCCCACUCCUCUCGGAUCGCCACAUGUGCAGCAUCGUCAACACGUGUUUCCGCGUGCUGCACCAGGCGGCCUCCAAGAGCCACCUGCUGCAGCGCCUCGCCUGCCAAACCCUCCUCGACAUGGUCCGCGAGAUUUUCGGGCGGCUGCCCGAGCUGCCCGCGAGCGAGGAGGAAGGGGAGCUGGGGGAGGCCGAGGCGACGCAGGGGACGAUGGACAGCACGCCGUUCUCGCCAAGAGUGGAGGCGAGGGAGGGGGGCGGGGAGGAGGGGGUGCAGGAGGGUGCGUUGGAGCUUGGGGGAGGGAUGGUGGAGGAGGGGGGCGGAGGGGAGGGCCGAGAUGGUGGCAAUGCUGGUCAGGUGAGUGUGGUUGAACCGGGUCAGGGAGUGGAGCUGCGAACAGGGAAAAGGUGGGGGGAAGGCGAGGCGACACAGGGGACGAUGGACAGCACUCCGUUCUCCCCUCGGGUGGAAGCGAGGGAGGGGAGCAGGGAGGAGGGGGUGCAGGAGGGUGUGUUGGAACUAGGGGGGGCGGUGGUGGAGGAGGGGGGUGAAGGGGGUGGGCGAAAUGGUGGGAAUGCUGGUCAGCGCGGCUCAAGCAGAGAAGCCGCAGGCGAGGGAGAGGACAGGGAGGAGGGCGAGGAGCGGGGGCAGGCAGGCAGCAGCAGCAACAGAGCGUUGGUGGGAGCGUUGGGGCGCCCGCAUGGGGUGGCGUGUGCAGUGGAGGUGUUUCACUUCCUCUGCUCGCUGCUAGGCCUGGAGGACCAUCAGUCAGCGCUCUUUGCCUCGGGCAUGCUAGCAGACGAUGACGUCUCUCUGCUGGCCCUCAGCCUCAUAUCGGCUGCUCUGGAGCUUGCUGGGCCAGCGGUGGUACACCACCCGCGCCUGCUGUCACUAGUUCAGGACGAGCUGUUUCGGUCACUGCUUCAGCUGGGACUCUCCCCCAACCUGCUCGUGCUCUCCCAGGUACGAUGCUACUCUCGGGUCUCCCUCCCAGGUAUGAGCCUCCUCGGCCUGGAGGACCAUCAGUCAGCGCUCUUUGCCUCGGGCAUGCUGGCAGACGAUGACGUCUCUCUGCUGGCCCUCAGCCUCAUAUCGGCUGCUCUGGAGCUUGCUGGGCCAGCGGUGGUACACCACCCGCGCCUGCUGUCACUAGUUCAGGACGAGCUGUUUCGGUCACUGCUUCAGCUGGGACUCUCCCCCAACCUGCUCGUGCUCUCCCAGGUACGAUGCUACUCUCGGGUCUCCCUCCCAGGUAUGAGCCUCCUCGGCCUGGAGGACCAUCAGUCAGCGCUCUUUGCCUCGGGCAUGCUGGCAGACGACGACGUCUCGCUGCUCGCCCUCAGCCUCAUAUCGUCUGCGCUGGAGCUUGCUGGACCGGCGGUGGUGCACCACCCGCGGUUGCUUUCCCUCGUGCAGGACGAGCUGUUCCGCUCGCUGCUGCAGCUGGGACUGUCACCGAACCUGCUCGUGCUCUCCCAGGUGCUCGCCAUAGUGCAGACACUCUUUCAUUCAGCCCGAGCGCACCUGAAGCUGCAGCUCGAGGCGUUUUACACCUGUGUCAUCGCCCGCCUCGUCGGCACAGCAGGAAAGUUCACCGCAACUUCCUUCGCGCAGCAGGAAGCUGCCCUGGAAGCCCUCCUCGACUUUUGCCGCCUGCCCGAAUUCGCCGUGGAAACUUACGCCAAUUUUGACGCCGACCUCACAUGCGCGAAUUGCCUGGAGGAGCUUUCAGGACUGCUGUCUCGAGCAGCCUUCCCUGUGAACACACCGCUAUCAUCGCUGCAUGUGCUGGCUAUGCAGGGGUUGCUGGCUGUAGUGCAUCAUAUGGCGGACAGGGCCAAUGCGGCUGCCGCUGCUGGUGUUGCCGCUGGUGCUGGUGGUGGUGUUGCGGUUGCGGGUGCAGGGGAUGGUGCUGGUGUUGGAGCAGCACCAGCCCCGUUGCUGCUGCUGCCAGGUUCGGCCGUGCCAGCGGCGCCGGAGCUGAAGAUAGCUUCGGAGAACGGAGCCAUGUGGACGCAGGCUCGGGAGAUGGUUGCUGCUGCUCUCGCUGCAGCUGCUGCUUCUGGGGCAGGCGAGGCAGCAGCAGGCAAGCAGGUGGGCGUGUCAGCAUCUGUCGACGGGUUUCAGGGACAGCAGAACGAGCAUCAGCAUCACCACCACCACCAUCAGCAGCAGCUUCUGCUAGUGGAAGUAGUGCGGCAGCAGAGGUCCAUCAAGCGCCGCCUGCUGAUAGGCGUCGAGCAUUUCAAUCGGGACUCAAAGAAAGGCCUGCAAUUCCUCCAAGCCUCCACGCUGCUCCCCUUGCAGCCCGACGCCCGGGCAGUCGCCUGCUUUCUGCGCUUCACACCGGGACUUAACAAAACACUAGUGGGGGACCUGCUGGGCGGGCACGAGGAGUUCCACGUCCGCGUUUUAGGGGAAUUUGCUAAGCUGUUCGACUUCGAGGGCAUGGCGCUGGACGCGGCGCUGAGAACCUUCCUGGAAGGGUUCAGACUGCCGGGGGAGGCGCAGAAGAUAUCGAGAGUGCUGGAGGCGUUUGCAGAGCGGUACUAUGAGCUGGCGCCCGCUGCGUAUGGGUUUGCGAACCAUGAUGUGGCGUAUGUGCUGUCGUACUCUGUCAUCAUGCUCAACACUGACCUCUAUAAUGGCCAGGUGCGGCGCAAGAUGACGGAGGAGGAGUUCAUCCGCAACAACCGGAAGAUCAACGACGGCAAGGACCUCCCAAGAGAGCUGCUCUCAGAGCUCUACCAUGCCAUCGCCCGCAACGAGAUUAAGAUGUCCUCCGACGUCUCCCUCUCCUCCUCCUCCGCCUCCGCCUUCCCUGAGAUGAAUCUCAGCCGCUGGCUCGGGCUGAUCCGACGGUCGCCGACCGCCGUGCCUUACAUCCUCGCAUCUAGUGCUGAGCCUGAGUUUACUCCUGCUUCUGCUGCUACUGCUGCUGCUGCUGCUGCUGCUGCUGCUGCUGCUGCUGCUACUGCUGCUGCUGCUGCUGCUGCUGUGGCUGGCGAUGGCAUUGGUGAUGGUGGUAGUGGUAUCGGUGCCAGUGCUGUUGCUGCUGCUCUGGGGGACAGAGCCAGCACUGACAAUGCUGCAUGUGAUGCCUCGCCCUCUCAGUCUCUUGACUCCGCCACUCCCGCUUUCCUCACUUCAGAAUCCCUCCCUCCCGCCCCCCCUCUCCUGCAGUCCUCCUCCCCACCCCGCCCCUCCCCCCCAUCCAAGCACCUCUCCCCACUCUCCCCUCCUCUCUCCAACCUCUCCCUCCCGCGCUCCUCCUCCCUCUUCCUGCUCCAACUAGACAGAGACGUGUUUGCAGUAGUGGCAGGCCCAGCCAUAGCAGCCAUAUCAGUUGUCUUCGACCACACAGAAGACGACGAGUCCCUCCUCCGCUGCUGCACUGACGGGUUCUCAGCCGCUGCUGACGUGGCGGCUUUUCACGGGUUCUCGGGUGCGUUGGACGAUCUAGUGGUCUCCCUCUGCCGAUGCACCACGCUCCGCCUGAACCCCUCCGGAUCGCUGCCAAGUGGCGCCGAUCUAGUGGACAACGCAGCAGCCGUGGCUUUUGGAGAGGACACCAAGGCUCGGCUGGCCGCCGUGACUGUCUUUGGUUUGGCAAACAGGCACGGCGGGGUGGUUCGGGGAGGGUGGCGGAACCUGCUCGACUGUGUGGUUCGGUUGCACAAGCUAGGAUUGCUGCCUGCUCGUGUUAUUAGCGAGGUAGAGGAUACAGAGGACGGGGCAUUCGCAGGGGGGUUAUACGCCUCCCCACAACCACAGCAGCAGCCGCAGCAACAGUCACAGCAGCAGCCGCAGCAGCAGCAGAUGGGAACGAGUCCCACCCCUUCCUCCUCCACUAUAUCAUCUACCACCACCGCUGCCACAUCAACCCUGGCCAUCACAAGCCCGGCAGCAGCAGCAGCCCGCAAGAAUGGUGCCGGCAGCGGCAGCGGGGGCGGGGGAGGGCUGAUGAUGCGUUUCUCCCAGCUGCUCCUUCUGGAUUCUGAUGACGACUACUCGUACGGCGGCGCCAGCUCAGCGCAGCCCACGGAGCGCCAGGUGGCGGCGCGGCAGCGCACGGAGGAGGCGGUGGGGGCGUGCCGGAUCGAGGAGCUGUUCCGGGAAACCUCAGAGGGGCUAGAAGCAGAAGCACUGAUGCACCUCGUGAGGGCCAUUGUGUGGGCUGCUGGCAGGGCUUUUAGGGGCGCGCUGGGGGUGGGCCCUGGUGGGGCUGGUGGGGGGAGUGCUGGGGGCGCGGGGGGAGGGGCUGGUGGGGGCGGGAUGGGGGGAAGAGGAGGCGGAGGGGGAGCAGGAGCGGGAGCGGGGGGAGGAGGUGGUGGUGGGGGAGGGGGGGUGGCUGGUGGGGCGUCUGUGGGGGGAGGAGUGGGGAGUGGAGGAGGGAUAGCUGUCGGCCCUCUAUCACCCGACGAAGAGGACACAGCAGUCUUCUGCCUGGAUCUGCUCCUCGUGGUAACCCUACGUAACCGCUCCCGCGUGCUGCUCAUCUGGCCGCUCCUCUCCUCCCAGCUUGCAAUCAUCAUGCAGUCGGCCCAUGCGGGUCCGCCACCUGGCCCACUGGUAGAGCGAGCCGUCUUCGGUCUCCUCCGCCUGUGCAGAAAGCUCCUACCAGCAGCCGAUGAAACCCUAGCUGAUGAGCUUCUAAGGUCCCUGCAGCACGUGCUGAGACUCGAUGCCAGGCUGGCUGAUGCCCUCUGUGAGAGGAUCACUCGCGGCGUGUUGGGGAUUGUGAGGGAGGGGCGGCAGAGCGGGGCGCUGCGGAGAGUGAAGUCGCCUCCUGGGUGGAGAACGCUCGCUGCUCUGCUGGCCAUCACAGCCAGGCAUCCUGAUGCUGCUGCUCCCGGGUUCGAAGCCCUCUCGUGGCUCAUGGCGCCCAUUCCCCCGGGUGCUGCUGCUCCCGGUGCAUCUCCCGCUGCUCUCGCGUCGGAUUUCUCUGCUGGUGCUGUGGAGGAUUAUGGGGAGGUUUGCACUGAUGGGCCGCCCUGCGUGUCCCCGUGCAACUUCAUCCCGUUCCUCGACGCGGCUCGAGACUUCGCCGAGGCUCGGGUGGGAGGUUCGGAGCGGUCGAAGCGGGCGAUGGACCUGCUGGGGUGCUUGAUAGACUGUCUGCUGGAGUGGAGAGUAGCAGGGGAGAUGGAGCAAGCAGCAGAGGCGGACCGACUAGCAACAGCAGCAGCAAUGGCAGGAGGCGGUAGGAGUGAGGGGGACAGUUUGAGCAGUGCUGUUUCCGGUGCAUUUUCCCCGCAGCAACAACCUCCCCCGUCAGCCGCCCUCUCUCCCCCGCAACUAAGCCCCAUACCCUCUUCGUCACCAGCAGGGGCUGCUGCAGCCGGGGGAGGCACAUCUGGAGCAGGGCGGUUCUCAGGGCAGGACUUGGCAGACCUGUGGCUGCGCCUGCUGCACGCGCUGCGCCGGGUGUGCUCAGACCAGAGAGAAGACGUGCGGAACCAUGCUCUCGUGUGGCUGCAGCGCUGCCUUCUCGCUGCCGACCCCCUCCGCAUGCCCACCACCAUGUGGGCUCCGUGCUUCGACCAGGUCGUGUUUGUCCUGCUGGACGAUCUUUUAGAGGUGCAUUUGCGGGAGAAACCCAAGGAAUACCGGGGUAUGGACGCGUCUCUGCUCCGUGCUGUCAAGAUGCUGUCCAAGGUUUUUCUGCAUUUUCUUGCCAGCCUUGCUUCGCUGCCAGGCCCGGGGUUCCGAGCCUUGUGGCUCGGCGUGCUGCUUCGGAUGGACCGGUAUAUGAGGGCUGGAGGGGGUGGGGGCGGCGGGGGGAGGAGGGGAGGAGGAGGUGGGGAGGGGAGAGGAGGGGGAGAGUCAUUGAGGGAGAGUGUGGGUGAGGUGCUGAAGAAUAUGCUGAUGGUGAUGCUGACACAGGGCGUGCUGCAGGUGACCGACGCGUCAGACACGGAGAGCCUGUGGACUGCCACGUGGCGCGCGGUGCACGCGAUGCUGCCGCACUUAAAGCCCGAGUCGCUCGUCCCGCCGGCACCGAUUGCACCUGCGCCCAUGGCUGCGGGUCCUGUAGGUGCUGGUGCUGCAGGGAUGGAUGGGCAGCAAUCAGGAGCGGCCGUGGGAGCGGUUGAGGCGCUUGCCGAUGCGCUGUGCCCGUCAAAUCGCUCUCAGCCUACCGCCAGCCCAACAGCCGAAGCUGCAUCCAAUCCUGAGACAGCUGCUGCUACAACCGACGCUACAGCCGGCGGUGCUGGAAGCAUCACCUCAGGAGGUCACGGCUUGAGACUACCGCCGUGGAAUUUCGACGGAGUGCAUUUCACGGAUGGGGGGCCUCUCACCGUGCAGUACCUGCUGCUGCUCGACGCCCUCAACUUCUGCUUCUGGCCGGACCCCUCACUGCACUACGAGCAUCUGGCGUCCAGCCUAAGAGCAGCAGUGCAGCGCGAUCCCACCAGCAUUGGUGCUGCCCGCCUCGCAGCGCUUGAUGUCGCAGGCCUGCGUGCUCUGCUUGGCCCGAAGCCCUUCCCGUUGGAGCAGCAGCGGGUGCAGGCAGCGCGGCAGGUGGGGCAGGUGCUGCUGCGGCGCUUCAGUGGCAGUGCGGCGAGCAUGGUGGAGGAGGCAGGGGGGAGUGCAGAGAGGCUCGUGUGCCUGCUCACCACACACUUCACCUACUUCCAGGAUCACGCAAUCUACCGUGGCCGCCAGGUGGCGCUCUUCAAGAGGGCGCAGAUCUUUGUGGCAGAUGUGUGGGGCGCGUUCAAUGGGCGUGGGCUCGGUCACUUCUCAGACAUCCACCGUCUCACCAUGUUUGCCGACUAUGUGGUCCCCGCCGUGCUGAGAAGCAGAGGCGUGCUCAGAUACGCCCCGGGCAUUGCUGCUGCUGUGGAUGGCAAACAAGAGAUUCUCCCGGGUAGGCUGGGUGGUUUUCCAGGUUCGGAAGAAGAGGUGGAGAUUAGAGCGUGCUGCAUCGUUGCCACCGAGCGGCUUCGAGAGCGAUUGGAGCGUACAGUGGGGAAGCAGGUGAGAUGA